AUGUUCCUGAGGCCAGUGAAGAAAUGUGGAAAUAAUCCUAGUGUCAGUUUUAAACAGCGUAUCUUUUUAGAGUGUUCUUUAAGGCGCUUCUUACAGAGAUUAAGGAGGACGAAAGUUGUGAUUCCACAAGGCACAGGUACCUUUGGGCGUGUUCACCUGGUGAAGGAAAAAAUGGCCAAACGUUAUUUCGCACUGAAAGUAAUGAGCAUUCCUGAUGUCAUUCGACUGAAGCAAGAGCAACAUGUGCACAAUGAAAAGUCAGUCUUGAAAGAGGUCAACCACCCCUUUUUGAUCAGAUUAUUUUGGACCAACCAUGAUGAACGUUUUUUGUACAUGUUAAUGGAGUACGUUCCAGGAGGAGAACUCUUUAGUUACCUGCGCAACAUGGGGCGUUUUAACAACAGCACAGGACUGUUUUACUCUACGGAAAUUAUUUGUGCAAUAGAAUACCUGCACUCCAAAGAAAUAGUUUACAGAGACUUAAAACCUGAAAAUAUAUUACUAGACAAAGAAGGACAUAUCAAGCUUACUGAUUUUGGAUUUGCUAAAAAGCUGGUGGAUAGGACGUGGACGCUCUGUGGCACUCCUGAGUACCUUGCACCAGAAGUUAUACAAAGCAAAGGCCAUGGAAGAGCUGUGGAUUGGUGGGCCCUAGGAAUUCUUAUAUUUGAGAUGUUGUCAGGGUUUCCUCCAUUUUUUGAUGACAAUCCAUUUGGUAUAUAUCAGAAGAUUCUUGCUGGCAAAAUAGAUUUCCCAAGGCAUUUGGAUUUAUAUGUAAAAGACCUUAUUAAGAAGCUGCUUGUGGUUGACAGGACAAGACGAUUAGGAAAUAUGAAGAAUGGAGCAGAUGAUGUGAAGAGACAUCGAUGGUUCAGGUCUAUAGAUUGGGACGCUGUACCUCAAAGGAGACUGAAGCCUCCCAUAGUACCGAAAGUAUCCAAUGAUGGGGAUACUUCCAAUUUUGAAGCUUAUCCUGAAGAUGACUGGAACAAGACGCCUCCAGUACCUCCUAAAGAUCUAGAAAUUUUCAAGAACUUCUGAAUGCGACAUUACGGUGGAUGAGAAACUGGAAGGAAAUUGAAGUGCUAAGAGCAGAUCUGAAGAAAGAUGGAGUUCAUACGUAAAUGAAGACUUUAUUUGUGGAUAAGAAUCAAACUGCAUUCAGACAUGCAUAUUGGUAUACAGCAAAUAUCUAAAGAGUUGGAGGCAGGCAAGAACAAUUUUUUUGCUGUAAACAUUUAACAUUACUUUAGUGAAUUGUAAUAUUGAUAGUCUACUCUAAAGUAGACUCACUAAAGUGGUAUAUUUUAGAAUUUUUUUUUUUUAACUUAUGGGUUAGUUAAGUUUCCUGCUAUUCCCAGAUCCUUUUUGCAUAGUUAACUCAUAGACUUAAUUUUAUAAGUUUAUACUAAACUUGUGUAAUUAAAAGCACAAAUUAGUAUAUAUGUAUAUAAUGAAUACAAUACAACUAAAGCACAGGAACUGUGCAAAGAUGUAAAUUUUUGUAC